AUGAAAAAUUUAAUCGAAAGGAAACAAUUUAUAUUAAAGAUCUUUGUGUUUGACAAGCAAGUGGCCGGGCUUUCGUGCUGCGUUAUUGAAAAAGCUCCUCGGACUGUUUUGUUUACAUUAAUUAUUUAUAUGGUGAAAGGACCCCGUCACGGAAAACACAACGAUAUAUCAAUUCACUAUUCGAGAAUCUGUGUGUUAAAUUUAGCUGUCGAGUAUCAGUUUAUACGUUAAAAAUUGAAAUCGGCCUCAAAGCGAGUUGUCGCCGGGCGCUACAGUCUUCUAUAGUGGACACAUGGCUGGUAAACCAACUCUGUUUCUAUCUUCUCAUUUUACAAAAUACACAAGUUAAUUAGGCUAGGUGGACUUGUUAGUUUUGGGCCGACACACACUGUUUUUUGCAAUGGACUGACAUAUGAGAUUAUCACUAGAUCAGCGCAUAGACUUUUCGGCCGAUUUCUUUUUUCUUGAACUCGAUAUCUUUUACCAGACUUUUACUUCAGUCAACAUUCGCCGCAUUCACUUGCCAGCCAGCUGCUAGCCUACGAGGGAAGAAAAACCGCUGAUAAACAUCUUAUUUGGUGGGAUUUGCCCAUUGUCGAGUUCCGCACUUUCCUGGGUUUGGUGCUCUUUGUCAGCUUUCAUAUUUUUCAAUGGAAUUUUUUCACAAUACAUGAACCAUGGAACUCCCUCAUCGCACUUCGGGCCUAAUUGCUUUUCAAUCCACCUCACUUUUGUUAAUCGAUAUCAUUGCCAUCGGUGGAAACGUUUUCAUUUGCCUGGCAACUGCACGAAAUCCCAGCCUUCGAACGAGCACAAACCUGUGGGUGACAGCAUUAGCUAUUGCGGACUUGACCCGCUCUUGUAUCGCUGCACCUCUGACAGUGGCAACGUUAAUUUGUGGUCGCUGGAACUAUGGAUCCGGUGGAUGUAUCAUCCAAGGAUUUUUCACGUACUAUUUAACAUUGGUGUCCCUCCUUACCAUGGCUUUCAUGGCUGUCAACAGAUACUGCAGAGUGGUGAAACCAGCGCUUUAUUUGAAGAUUUUCACAAGAAAGCGUUGCGUUGCUGCUUUGAUAUCCCUGUGGACACUGAUGGCCUUGACAGUCUCCAUUCCCGUGCUGGUUGGAUGGGCAGAAUUUGCCUUUCACGUUGGUUACGCCGCUUGCGUUUUGCAUUUCCAUAAGCCAAGUCUCACAGUGAUAUUUUUAACUUUGGACGCCGGUCUUAUUUUAAUUCCCUGUACUCUUACAAUCGCCGGUUGCUACCUCAAAGUAUCACGAGCAGUACGUGAACAUAAUGAUCAAGUGAUUCCAUCUCUUCAGGGAGCCCCAAACUUGGACUUCCAACUUGUAAACCGAGCGACCAUCGAGGAAAUUCGCGUCACAAAAACACUUUUCUUACUAGUUUCAACGUUUGCACUUUGCUGGAUCCCAGCCUAUGUAAUCGGGUUUUUAAGCCGUGGAAAUUUGGUCCACAUCUCCCUACAAGGUGCUCUUGCUGUUACAUAUCUUGUGGGUCUGAACUCUGCUUGUAACCCAUUCAUAUAUGGCUACAUGAAUCGUUCGUUUCGAGUCGAGCUUUGGAAGCUUAUCCCCUGUAAAAGGACCGAAAACCAAGUUGUCCCGCACGUGCUUUCGAAGGACACUUCACCACAAACCUAUACAAGGAGCCAAGCUGUAGUUGUAACCGCUAAGAGCUUUUAAAUAUUAUCAGAAACA